CCCGGCACUCUCAUCCAGCCUAGACUCGCUGAGUCUUUUUUACGUCAACCCGCGUGGGUUUCACCCGAGCCCUUUUUUAUUUUCUGUUAGCUAUGGGACACGACAAAUUGUCGGUCUGGCGCCGAAUGAACGCGCUUCAGACGUGAGAGGCGAGGCGAGGGAGGAGGAGUCCUAUCUCUCUCUCUUUCCACCGUCCACGCCCCCCACGGCCGACCCGGACAUGUCUUGCUCUCACGCUAGUCCCUGGUCCCCGCCUGCAUCUACCUUCACCAUGAAGGGGCUCCCGAAGCUUGGAGGAGUAGAUGGCCGGGGGGGAACAUGGGGCAACGACACGCUUCGCCGUUGCCAGCCUGUGAGCUCUUACUCGAUUCGAUUUGGCUCUCGUUUCGAUCGACGGGGUUCCCAGAUUUGUAUAUAAUCUUGCGGGCGCACCGCUCUCCCCCAUCUUCUCGACUUGGAACUUCAUCAGCUUCUCUCUCUGCCAGACGAACUAGGAACUCACCUCUCAGAGAUACAACCUUGAAGCACCAUUCAUAUACAACAUACCUACCAACCGUCAAAAUGUCUAACCUUCCUACCGAGCCCGAGUUCCAGCAGGCUUACAACGAGCUUGUCAGCACCCUCGAGAACUCCUCCCUCUUCACCCAGAACCCCGAGUACAGAACCGCCCUCGAGGUCGUCUCCAUCCCCGAGCGCGUCAUCCAGUUCCGCGUCGUCUGGGAGGAUGACAAGGGCAAGCUCCAGGUCAACCGCGGAUACCGCGUCCAGUUCAACUCCGCCCUCGGUCCUUACAAGGGAGGUCUGAGAUUCCACCCUACCGUCAACCUGUCGGUCCUCAAGUUCCUCGGAUUCGAGCAAAUCUUCAAGAAUGCCUUGACCGGCCUCAACAUGGGUGGUGGCAAGGGUGGUUCCGACUUCGACCCCAAGGGCAAGAGCGACAACGAGAUUCGUCGCUUCUGCGUCUCCUUCAUGCGCCAGCUCAGCAAGCACAUUGGCGCCGACACCGACGUUCCCGCCGGUGAUAUCGGUGUCUCUGGCCGCGAGAUUGGCUGGUUGUUCGGAACCUAUCGCCAGGAGCGCAACAAGUUUGAGGGUGUCCUCACCGGAAAGGGCCUCACCUGGGGUGGUAGUUUGAUCCGCCCCGAGGCCACUGGAUACGGUGUCGUCUACUACGUCGAGCAGAUGCUCAAGUACGCCAACAAGGGCUCCUUCGCUGGCAAGCGUGUCGCCAUCUCUGGUUCCGGCAACGUCGCUCAGUACGCCGCUCUCAAGUGCAUCGAGCUCGGUGCCACCGUUGUCUCCUUGUCCGACUCUCAGGGCUGCCUUGUCGCCGAGGGUGACGCUGCCUUCACCCCCGAGCAGAUUGAGAACAUCGCCGACCUCAAGGUCCAGCGCAAGUCUCUCACCGAGUUCGACCACAAGGGCUCUUUCAUGUACAUCAAGGGUGCUCGUCCCUGGACCCACGUUGGCAAGGUCGACAUUGCUCUGCCUUCCGCGACCCAGAACGAGGUCUCCAAGGAGGAGGCUGAGGCUCUCAUUGCCGCCGGCUGCAUUGCCAUCGCUGAGGGCUCCAACAUGGGUUGCACCCAGGAGGCUAUCGACGUCUUCGAGGCUCAGCGCAAGGAGAAGGGUGGCGAGGCCAUCUGGUACGCUCCCGGCAAGGCUGCCAACUGCGGUGGUGUCGCCGUCUCUGGCCUCGAGAUGGCCCAGAACAGCCAGCGCCUGAGCUGGACCCGCGAGGAGGUCGACCAGAAGCUCAAGGACAUCAUGACCGCUGCCUUCUUCAACGGCCUCAACACCGCCAAGGAGUACGUCAAGGGUGGUGAGACCGAGCUUCCCAGCUUGGUCGCUGGUAGCAACAUUGCCGGUUUCGUCAAGGUUGCCCGUGCCAUGCACGACCAGGGUGACUGGUGGAACUAAGCGUUCUCGACCGGCAAUUCGGAAGAGGAACACGAAAAGUUGGUGCGAGUGGCGGUAACCACGUCUAAGGACGAUGGGCAGACGUAGUGAUGACCUUGAAAUUCGGUGUAACGUCUAUUUGUAUUUCGGAGCUGGCGUUGGCGGCAGGGAUACCUGAG